CCCUCUUUGCUGUCGCCCCCGCCGUUAUACAGUGGUCAGUUCUGGCAAGAGGGUAGAAGUAAGGGAGAAACAAAAAGCCCCCCGUUCGGGUCAAACCACUCCUCUGUCACUACCAUACCACCCAUCAGCCUUUCUCCGAAUGCCAAAGGUCCUGCCAGGCCUUCCUCAGCCGGCUACCUAGCAACAGCCAUGGCUUUCGGAUUCAGGAGUUCGGGAAACGCCAUGACGGGAGCCGCGCCAGGGCCUGCCGGCGUCUCUGAAGGCCCCGAACUAGAACUCAUCCAAACAGAGGCCCUCGGAUUCAAAUCGAUUGCUGGAGACGCAAAACUCCGCCUUACAACGCCAUGGUCCCCUCCGCCCGCUGACACGGCAUCUCUUAUAACCAUCGCCGCCCGCAAAGGCCUUGUUGCUGCUGCUGGCCCAGACGGUAUCGUCACUGCUACGACGGACGCCGUUCGAAAAGGCUUCGAUGGAGAGAAGGAAGGCGAUUCCGAUGUCCGAGUCUUUCAACCGCAGCUCAAGCUUCCUCUGUCCAUGCGCGUAUCCCACAUCGCCUUCACUGCCGACGAGACAUACCUCUUGCUUUCUGCGGAAUCAGGGGGAGGCCUGGCCGUAUACGAUACCCAAUCCCUUCUUCAAGGCAACACCCAGGCGGCUUUCGAACUAGCGACCAAUGGCGAGUCGCUCCGUGCCCUGGCACCCAACCCAACAGCGGAAAAGGCAGACCUCUGCGCCAUUGUGACCAACAACGGGAACCUACACAUGGCCAGUCUCAAGGAGAAAAAAAUCAGUAACCCCCUAAAGUCGCAAGUCAGCUGCGUCAGCUGGAGCACGAGGGGAAAGCAGCUUCUUGCCGGGCUGGCAGACGGGACCAUCCACCAGAUGACGCCAGAAGGAGAGGCCAAGGCCGAAAUUCCGAGACCUCCGAGUGUAACGAAUGCCCACGUGGCCUCCCUUUCCUGGCUGGAAAAUCACGUCAUCCUCGCCAUUCACACGAACACAAACGAGUCCCCUCCGUCUUCGACCUACCACAUCAUUACUCGACAGCCGCCAUCCAGCUUCACUUUUCAGAAGAUGACCGAUCCAGUGGACCCCUUCGGCGCCGAAAGGGUCCCUCACCACUCCAUCAUGAGACUCAAAGAUUUCCCUCCCAAUCUCCAGGACCUUCUCAUUGUCGCGUCGACCGCAUCUCCAGAUAUCGGCCUGAUCAGCAGGUCCAAAACGCCCUUGUCUCCGGACAAGCCUGCCGAGUCCAUCUCCAAUGUCUUUACCACUACUGAACUCCUAGAUGACUCCAAGAGGGCUCAACUGCCCAUGAGCGAGUCGAUGGACAAUACCACCGCUGUCGGUGUGGCGCUCGAUCUCUCCAGCAAAGACAAAGUCUACAAGCCUUUGCCUGCAGACGAGGAGAUCGAGGAGUCACCGGGACCUCUGCCGGGCUACUGGGUGCUGAACAACGAGGGCGUUCUUUCUUCGUGGUGGAUUGUGUACGAAGACUCCAUUCGGCAGGGUACGUCCUACCCGAGCUUGGCCGCCCUUGACGGCUCCGCUCAGACGGCGGCCCCUGCUACUAUGUCAGCUCCUGCAGCUCCGGCUGUCGCACCAGCCGUCGCACCGGCCUUCAGCGCUAGCACAGGCACAUCUGCCUUUGGCUCUACGCCAGCAUUCGGGGGUUCCAGCGGUCUUGGGGCGAAACCUUCCCCGUGGGGAACGUCGCAGACCUCAACAGGCACGACCGGAGGACAGCCCUCGACGGCAUUUGGCGGUAGUUCAUCCGGCAGUGGCCCCGCCUCUUCCGCUCCCGCCUUUGGCAAGACCAGCGCGCUCGGCUUCGGGCAAUCUUCGCAAAUCGGCCCGAAGACUUCGCCAUGGGGCGCGGCAGGCUCCACAGCUCCCAACGCAUCCUCGGCCUCGGCUACCCCUGCGUUUGGUCAAUCGGGUUUCGGUGCUUUGGGCGGCGGUGCAAACAAGAGCGUCUUCGACAGCAGUACGAGUAGCAAUACUGCUGCCUCGGUCCCCACCUCGGGAGGCUUUGCCGGCUUUGCGGGAUCAGGCGGCUUCGCGGCCGCCGGCGCGAACACCAGCGGUGGUAGUAUCUUUUCUAGCAAGCCCUCGUCGGGAUCCCCGUUUGGUUCGGCUGCUCAAACCCUCAAGGACUCGAGCACCGCGUUUCCUGCUCCGAAAUCCGGCGGUUCGGGUCUCGCCUUGAACGCGGGUUCCUUCAAGCUUGAUAGCUCCUUCAAACCCGAUCCCGCGACUAAGGACGACAACGAGAAGCCUUCUUCAGCUGGGGGCUCGUCGCUGUUUGGUAGCAAUUUUGGCGCUGCUCUGGGAGACGCGGCCCAGCAGACGUCGAAAGAUGAGGAUAUGGAUACUUCGACGACGCCACAACCCACACAAACCAAAUCAUCUUUUAACCUGGGCGGUGCUCCAUCGGCAACCGAGUCCAAGUCCCCGUUCGGCCUGUUCGGAUCUCAGUCAAAGGCACCUUUUGCCCAGGCAACGGAGACAAAGUCGCCUGGGCUUUUCGGCAGCACUCCGCCGGCUGACCAGAAGACGCCUCCGGCCAAGUCCGCGUUUGGUCUUGGUAGCACGGAGACUACGCCUCAGGCAAACCCGGCUUUCAGCCUCGGCGGUGCGCAGCCAAAAUCUCCGUUUACUCUUAACGGCCAUGAGUCUACAACUCCUACGACUACUCCUGCGCCGAGUAAAUUUGGCUUCCAGACUACUUCCGACACUCCCAAAGGCAGCAUCUUCGGCUCCACAGCAACUAGCGGUGGCCUCUUUAAGACAUCCGAGCCUGCGAAACCUGCCGCGGAGGCAAAACACCCCGAGAUCAAAGUGGAAAGUCCCGGCGAAGCGCCUCUUCCCCCAGAGUCGACAAGCAGGAACGCGUAUCCUCUCGGAGAGUCCUCGUCCUCGUCCGGUACUUGGACCGAUGUAGGUAGCAAGACUUCCAAAGCAGACGAUGCGCCACUGCCGCCCGACUUUGUUAAACCUGCGAAGCCUGCGGGGAAGCCACCCUCGCCUCCAGACACACUCUCCACGCCCAAACCAUCCACGUCGGGGGGUAUCUUCUCAUCCCUGUCGGAGAAGAAACCGGCUUCGUCCACUCCUUCGCAGCCAUUCACAUUCCCAUCAGUCACUCAGGAUGCGUACUCGGACAGCUCCGAUGAAGGGUCUACCGACGGAUCACAGCUGGGCGAGGAGGCGCCGCUGCCUCCCGACUUUGUCAAGAAGGCUCCAGUCAAGGAAGCGGCGCAGGUCCCGGCCGUACCAGAUAGUGAAGGCGCCAGCGACCUCGGGGAGGAAGAGGGCGACGCUGAAUCUGAGGGCAGCGGUGUUAUGGUGGGCAAGGACACCAGCCCGUCCACCACGGGUUUCGCGGCAACACCCGGGUACACGCCUCAAAGCUCAUUCGGUGGAAUGUCCGGCAGCACUUUCAUCAUCCCUCCGGCACAAUCCGACAUGCCACGUGGCUCGUUGUUUGGGGAGCUGGGGAGAGCACAGGUGCUGCCGCGGCCAAACGCCACCAGCCCCCGGUCGCCAAGCCCGGUUCGCAGUGCGAUACCGAGCAGAGUGUCCCAGCCAAGCGGCUCACGGUCGGUUAGCGCCCCCGGCAUGGCAUCGCAGAUUCUGGGAGGAUCUAGGCGGUCAGGGCAUCAGAUGGGAUUAUCUACCGUGGCCAACAGGCUGGAGGAGGACCCGCAACUGAGACAACAGAGGCAGGCCCGCUCGAGACGUGAGGCCGAAGAGACAAAGGUGUUGGAGGAUGAAGAAGACGAUGAGAUUCAGAGGAUCCUCGCUUCGGACAUGGAGCCAACGCUAGUUCUGGACGACUUCAUCGCGCACACCAAUGUCGUUCCCUCCUCCCAGGAGACGAUUCCGUCCCAGGUAGAGGCCGUUUACCGAGACAUCAACUCGAUGAUCGACAUGCUGGGUCUGAACGCUCGGUCUAUGGCAGGUUUCAUCCAGGGACAUUCGGAGAAUUAUAAAGAAGGCGGCCGACACAAGGAAGAUCUGGAGAAUCCCGAUGACUGGGUCCUGUGUGAAGUCGAUGAACUGGGCGACGUACUCGACACGGAACUAGCCCAGGAGCUCGAAAACGGGAGGGUCCAGGACGUGGAGGGCAAGCUGGAAGCGUGUCACGACCUAACCCGGGAGAUGUCGCGGCUCCGGUCGAAGCAGGAGGAUCUCAAGAAGCUCAUCACGGUUCGGCUAGACCCAGAGCAGGCCGAAGUCAGCCGGUCGCUGCCCCUUAGCGCGGAGCAAGCGACGCAGCAGAACGAGCUCCGGCGCGAGUACGGCAAAUUCAUGCGGCAGCUGGCGGAGGCCGAGGAGACGCUGACGCUGCUCAAGACCAAGCUGGCGCCGAUGACGGCGACGUCGGGCAAGAGCACGGCGAACGUGCCGACGGUCGACGCGGUGAUGCGGACCAUCCACAAGAUGACCAGCAUGGCGGAGAAGCGCUCGGGCGACAUCGACGUGCUGGAGAACCAGCUGCGCAAGCUCCGCUUCUCGUCGGCCGACCGCCGUGAAGGCUCGCCUCUGGCGGCGGCGACGACGACGACGACGACGACGCCGCAGCGCAACAGCCACAACAACCGUUCGGUCGUCUUCUCCCCCGACUCGGCGGCUGGGGGGUCGCCUCGCGCGUCGACAACGCACAACCCGCCCAACUCGCUCAUGUCUUCGGUCGCUUCGGCCGGCGGCGGCGGCGGCGGUGGGGCGACGCCGAGGAAGAAGCUGAGCGGGUUCAGCCGCGCGGAGAAGGUAGAACUGAUGGAGAAGAAGGCGAAGCGCCGGGCCGUGCUGGAUAAGCUCAAAGCGAACAUCAAGAAAAAUGGGGUGCAGCCCUGGCCGAUGCCCGAGGAUACUGAGUAAGGGUUGGUACAGGAGGGGAGAAAAGCAGGCCUCCUAUUGAACUGGCUGAGGCUUGGUUGGAUCUGCCAUGGGUGGAAUGUAUGACUAGGGGGGAUCACCGGGAUGCUUCGUGGCGAUGAUGGGCAGCAGGGCGGGGACCAGAACCAGAACCAGAACCAGAACCAGGGAGCCUGGAGUCUGGGCCACUGGGGUACGCGUUGUAUUUUAUUGUGUGGA